AGUCCAUCUACUCCAAAAAUCAAUUCUAGCUUUAAUCGCUUUUAAGAUGUCAUCUUUCAAGAAUAUUCUUAUUAUGACGACCCUAGCACUUGCCACUGCUGCAAAUGCCAUAGGCGUUGACCUAGUGAAGAAUGAUGCCAGUGACUGCCCUAAUAACUGGAGCAUCAUUAUUUCUAAGGGCGACAGAAAGUGCUGCUAUGGAGAUCUGUACAACGAUAGUAACGGUGAUCCCAAUUGUUGUGUUGGCGAAUAUGACGAUUUUAGCUUCACGGCUUCACAAUCCAGCUGUUCCACCCCGAUUCCGUUUACUGCAAGCGACUAUUCGAACCUGGUUUCAUCUGCUUCAGCCGCGAUUGCCUCUGGAUCUUCCAGCCCUGCCACAAAUCCUGCUGUCACAACGACGGCCGCUUCCACUGCCACUGGUUCUGUGAUCUCUUCUGGGGCUACUGGUACUACGGG